UGAUUGGUGUUUAUUCUGAUGAUAGAUACAAGGAAACACAUUAGAUGUGCAGGACUACAGUAUGUCGCUUGCAUAUCAAUAUCAGACUGGGCUAAUCAAUGACAAUAAUAUUACCAAAGACAAUAAAUGUAAGUACACUGCUCAAAAAAAUAAAGGGAACACUAAAAUAACACAUCCUAGAUCUGAAUGAAGGAAAUAAUCUUAUUAAAUACUUUUCUUUACUUGUUAUUAGAACAUUAAAUAGAAUAUAGAAAUGUAUAGAAUAGGAAAGCACCAACAUUACAAUUUCCAUCACAUUCCAUCCUCUUAUCACUUGUGUGAUAAUAAUCAUAACAUUUUAAUGUAAUCAUUUAGAUUUUAGCUUCCCUCAAAGGAGGUUCUAUCAAAAUAUUUAUAUUAAAGUAAGCGAAAUCAACACAUAAAAACCAGACACUUCAUCAUUUCAAACCCUUCAUUCUGGGUUGUACAAUCCAAUUAGUAUGGUAAUACUAUAAUCAUAAUAAAGGUUAUACUUCUAUUAAUGGGAGUGAGUAUCAAAAAUACACACACAGACACAAGAGAACUGUAGAUUCAGAGGUGAAUAAAUCUCUCAGUGUUAACCAUUGUUUCCAUAUCUCUUACCACAAUCGGGUUGGAUUGGCCUAUGUUUUUAUAACUGUCCCUGGGACAUCAACUUAGUGAAAAUAUAAAACCCUGUUGUUUAACAAUUCUGCUAAGACCCUCAACUUGUUAAAAGAAAACAACCUUCAAUCAUUACUCAUUGUCCGUAUCUACAGCGGGAAAUGGGAGCUCAUCCAGAGUUGGAAGUUCAUUAAGUUCACCAUCCUCUGGAGGAGCAGAAAACAUGAUAGCUGCUGAAAUCUUACCAGCCAGAGAGGCACAGAUCACCUUACAGCAUGUUAAUAACACAAUUAAGCAAACUAAACAAAUUGUCCUCAUUGUUAUGAGGGCCCAUCAGGGCUCUCUUUCGACGAUGACCAUCUGCUUCUGGGUCACUGCUCCGGACCAGCAUUGACCCCUUUCGCUCAGGGCUCCUUCUACCCUCUGUCAGGUUUCCCACAAGGGGACAACCUACCGUUCUCAUUAGCACUCCUGAGAUAAUGCAGAGGAGGGCCACACUGCACCACUGGAACUGACAAGGGCCCAUCGUCUUCUGGAUUAGGAACUCGUCUGCAGUGCGACACGUGGAUCCAGGUAUCUCUCUCAGCAACCUUCACUGCAGUGGGGGUCGUCAGAAGAACUUGGUACGGGCCUCUCCAACGGAGUCCUUCCAACUCUUUCUCCUGAAGUCUUUCACCACCACGAAAUCACCUGGGUUCAAACAGUGUUCAGCUCCACCUGCUAGAUUUGGCAAAGAAGCCUUCACCCGGGGGAAAAUAGUCUUAAGAACACUGUUAAAGGUGAUACAAUACUUAACCAUGUCUUUCUCCAUUCCUUGCAGGGACAACCUGUUCUGGGGAAAAGGCGCAUUUGUCAUCCUCAUGGGACGGCCAGUCAGUACCUCAUGUGGAGAGAGACCAGUGACUGUAUGGGAUCUGCCUCUCAUACUCAUCAGUGCCAAUGGAUGCACUUUCACCCAUAGCUUUCCCAUGGCAGAGAGUGGGCAUCCCGUGUCAGUGUUAUACCCACCAGGGGGCAGUGUUUCCCCUGACUCUUCCCUCUGCACCGACCCCCUCCUACCUCUCUCGAAGAGUUCCACAGAUGGGCUGACAGGUCCUCUGAGGCAGGAGGAACUCAGGAAGAGCUCCAAUGAGGAUACGGCUCCAUGCUCUCAUAGAGACAGAGAAACAGGCAGACAGGGGCCUUCUCAGGCCGUCCAGCACACCAUCCAACCACACACACCUGACUGUGUGGACACCAGGAAUGCUGUCUGCCCUCACACAGCCCAUCACCACAAGGAGGGCAUCACCAAUCAUGGUCAUCAAGCCAGCGGGAGCGUGUUAUCAGCCUUCGGAGAGAGCCAGGCGCCCCACCCCUCAUCAUCAUCACAGAGAUACCUGGGAGGACUGGAUCUGUCCAGGCUGCCUGUCCAGAGGAGUCACUCAGAUACCCUCCACAUGCUCAGGGAGGUCCCUGCCCCCCAACCUCACAGUGAGACCAGCUGCCCUUCGUGCCCAAGGAGAGACUACCUUUCCACCUUAGCCUGCAAGCAGCCCAUGCAGCUCCAGCACUGCAACACAACCACAACCAACACCACUGCCUGCAGACAGGGAAACGGCGGGGGAGACAGACCCACACAGCAGCCUCAGGCCGGGUGUGUCAGGGUCGGUGCCCCUAGCCCCUCUAACACAGCCGCUGAGGUCGGCGUUGAGACCCAAUGCCCACAUUCAUGUGAGGAGGCCAUCUGCUACUGCACUUUCGCCCACCACCACGGGACGUUGGAGGACACGUUUGCGGCAUACUGCCACCCCCAACCCAUCCCCAACCCUGCCCAGCUGCUGCCACGCCUUCCGGGCACAGAAGCUGAGUUCAGGGACCAGAGGGUGCUGCCGCCUCACCCAGCGCCUACCCUCCUCUCCUUCCCUCGCCUCAUGUCCUCCGUCAGCGAGACGGGGCUGGAUGCCAAGCGCCUGCAGCAAUGCUGCAACCUCAAUUGCAACCUCAACUGCUCCUGGGCCAACACUCUGCCCCCUAGUGGAGCCCUGCAGCAGUACAUUCAGGAGUAUAGCUGUAUUAGCAGCAACAAUAGAGCCACCAGGGACACAGGGACCAUGAUGUCCCACAGGGAGCUCAGGGACGUGGCGGUGCAGACGGGCCAAGUCCACGAGACGUGUCCGGCCCACGUGUUCCCCCAGGUCUGCCUGGUGGAGGAGAACGUGAACAGGAAUGGGAACAAGAACGAGAACGGGAAUGAGAUGGACACGUCCCAGAAGCCCCCAGUGAAGGAGGUGAAGUGGGAUGCGGAGGGGAUGACGUGGGAGGUGUACGGGGCUUCUGUGGACCCUGAGGAGCUGGGCCUGGCCAUCCAAAAGCACCUGGAGCUGCAGAUCAAGGAGACUGCUGGCCGCGCUGCCAAGCUGUCCCGCCAGGAUACGGCCACAUCCAGGAAGAGCAGCAGUGGUGCCGGCGGCAGGAGGAAGAGGAGCGGGGUGUUAGGCUAUAUCAGGACCCCAGCCUGCUGCGCACGCUCCAGCACGGCCGUGGAAUGAGGGGGAAAACCUGAACACUGCAUUUCGUGGUCAAGAUGGCUUCUGCUUUAUUACUUUAUCAAAUGUGACUCCAAUACACCAGAGAUAGUGUGACCAGUCUGGAUGAAGAGAAUCUGUGUGUCAGUCAGAAUCAUGGCAUGUGUACAAGAACCUACCAUCAUAUUGAUAAAAGAGGUGAAUGGAAAGACAGUGAAAGGUUAUAUUUGGAUGGAUUUCAUUGGUAACGGUACCUUCAUCAUCACCAUAGAUGCCAAGUGAUAGAACAGCGUGCUGCCAUAACAGUCAAACAAAGUGAUAUAAUGAUUUCUAUAUAAUUUAGGAAUUAUUUAUUUACUGAGGGGAAUAACUCAAUCUGAACAAGGGUUUUCUGUAAAUGGACAUGCUAAAAGGUAUAAACAACACAGUGUAGGAAAAUAAAGCACCAAUACACUACAGACUUCUAAUCACUAUGGCUAGAAAUAUGUGUCAAUCUUCCUCUCAUUUCUGAUGCUAUGAUUUAAUCAAAUUCAGUGUGAAUGUUUGAAGCAUACAGUAUACUGUAUAUCAUUUAGCACAUGAUAGGGCCAACAGAAAUGUACACCCUUCUUUUCACAAUCAUUUCUACUGCCCCAUAUUCACAUAGAAAAUCUAGAAAAGUUAUCACAAUCCUGAAUUGACAGUACUUCAUUAGACUGCCAUAAAGCAAAACUUCAACUGACCUCAAAGUCUGUGAUCUCAGAUGAUUCAUACAACACUGUGAUGCAGAGGAGAAAACCGUGAGAUAGAGAAGGGGUUAACAGACUGGAGAAUGUUUAUCAAGAACGCAAACAUCUCAUCACAUCAUACAAUAUAUUAAUGCACAUAACAAUAGGCGAAAUGGCCUAUUUGUGAAUACAUUUUUCUUUCCAUAUUUCAACUUCUCUUAUAUAAAGAUUUAUUGCAUUUUACCCUUUAAUGCAGGGGUGUCAAACUUAUUCCAUGGAGGGUGUCUGCUGGUUGUUGGUUUUUCCUGUCAAUUAAGACCUAGACAACCAGGUGAGGGAAGUUCCUUAUAAUCAGUGGCCUUAAUUAAACAAUCAAGUACAAGGGAGGUUCAAAAACCCGCAGACACUCAGCCCUCCGUGGAAUGAGUUUGACACGUGCUUUCAUGUAUAUGUUCUGCGUGAUGAUUGUCUUGUGGACUCAAAACCACAGCCUAAGAAUGAUUUUAGUAAUAUAUCUAACCAGAGGGUUAAAGGUUAACUAUUAACCAGUUAACAGUCAUGCUGUUAAUCAAAUUACAAUCACUGAAUAGACCCACACCUCUCCUCUGAGUCUGAAUUCCAUCACCACUGUAACAGUAUCUUAUCAAUUUACUGUGCCAUAGCAAUGUACUGCAUUGGUAUUGUAAAAUAGAUUAGUUACAACUAGCCGGUUAGUUUGAUAAACCUGUCAAGUAUGUAAUUUACAACAUAUUGCAUUUCCAAGAGAUUUUGACCAAUCACAACAAACACAAAACGUGUUAUAACCUGAUUUAAAGUUGCUUUUUACUGUUGCUACAAUGCAGGACGAACUGUUUAAUCAUGAUAUCAGUUGUAUAAUGUUGAAGAAAGUUAUUAUUGUGUAUUAAAUAAUGACCAAGCUUCGCAUUAAAGGGCUCUUUUGUUCUUUACAGAAUAAUUUGAAUACACUUCAUUUAUCAUACUUUAGUAAUAAUCACAAAGUUGCCAUUUCAGGUCACAGCACAGGUUGUUCAGUAUUGUUGGGUUUCUAAUGGAGGACGUGAGACCAGAUGGCAGGUUAAUAGAAGUCCUUAUCAGUAGAAUAUUACUGCUGUUAUCAAGUCUUUAAAACACUCACCUGUAUUGAUGGUUAUGUCCAAUGUAAGUCGAUUUGUAACUUGGCAAACCAGUAAUACCACAAAUGAAUGGUCAAUAUACAGUAUGUCUCAGAUAAUGUGUUCUAGGCUACUGUUGAUAUCAGCAAUAAAGUAUCUUAGAUGAAGUUGUGGUGGUGGCAUCUAGGAAACUGUGUUUUCCCCAUCUGUAUUACUGAAGCUAAACUAACCUCUGGUAACACUAAUGUCAGGUAUUUAGAGUGUAACACUA